AUACAGUGGGAGGACAGGUUUCUCCUGUAGAUUGUAACAAGACCUCAUCACUUCGUGACUGCCACCACACUCAGAAGAGUCGUGAACGUUUCUACUAUGACAGUGCGUCUCCGGUCACAGAGGACAUGCAUUAGCAUCCCACUGAUCCUACAUACCAGACAGGUGUCAUACAGAUAGCUAUCGAAGUUGAACAGAAGGAAAGCUAUCCAAGUGUUUUCAAGAUCAUAAAAGGAGGAAGAUUUACCUAGUUUCUUCAUAACUUGCAGAAAGUUUGGAUGCUGUGUCACAAGUGCAACUAAAAAGCAGAGUUAUUCUUCAGGAAAUCUUCACGUUCAGCAAAUUUGAUUACAUGCACUUUAUUUGGCAACACAGAAUCAAUUUGUCAGACAUAUUGCAUUGAGUUAUUGAGAGAAUACAAAUUUAUGUAAACUAUACUUCAUCAUUAAUUGAUUUGAGGAGAACCUUCGUCAGGAAAACUGUGCUUCAUUAAGUGACAAUUCUUUGGUGGGUAAUGUUUUCUGUUAUGGAAUGAGGUAUGGCAGAGUUGUUGUUUAAGGUGAUAAUAAUUGGUGAUCCAACUGUAGGAAAGACAUCAUUUGUGCAGCGGUAUGUGAAUGAUUCAUAUCGGAGGGAUUACAAAAUGACAAUAGGCGUUGACUUUGCCUUGAAGGUAAUAAAGUGGUCAGAUAAUAGGACAAUCAAACUACAACUUUGGGAUAUAGCAGGUCAAGAACGGUUUACAUCAAUGACCCGGGUUUACUACAAAGAUGCUCAUGCGUGUAUCGUGAUGUUCGACUUAUCUCAGCGGGCAACCUUCCAGAGUGCAGUCAAGUGGAAGAAAGAUCUAGACACUAAAUGUUCUCUCCUAGAUGGCUCCCCUGUACCCUGCCUGCUCAUUGCCAACAAGUGUGAUCUAAGCCACAGAGAAGUGGAGCAGGAAGAGGUAGAGGAGGUGUGCCGGGAGCAUGAGUUUGUGGGGUGGACAGAGACGUCAGUCAAAGAGGGUCUCAUGAUAGAUGAAUGUAUGAGGUUUUUAAUAGAAGAAAUGGUUAACAAACAUGCAGAAAUUGAUGGAUUAUCAGAAUCUUUCACUGCAAGACGAGGUGAUGGAAUACGAUUGAAUCCUGACUCUCAGAAGUCCACCGCGUCUGGUCGCUGUAGCUGCUGACGUUUUCUUGGUCAUUGCUACCUGUUCAAAUGAAAGUUCUGAUUUCUGUGUAUUUCGCGUGUUUCUGCUCACCAGGACCAAAGGUCGAAGUGAGGUAAUGGCAGGCUCUCUGAGGCUGUAAUUAUGUAUAGUGUGAUUACAUGUGUAAUUGACAAAUCAUUUACAUGUUCCUUAUUAGGCAAAGCACCAAUAAAAAAUCAACAGCUAAGUGAGUGGCACAUGGUCACUGAAUUGCUCACAAUAUAUUGCAAUACACUAGGGUGAUAAUAUUACAUUCAAAGUUAAAAAGCAACAAAGUGCCGCUCUGGCCUCAAGUUUGUUAAGUCACUGCUUGGAUAUUGUGAGUGGCGAUGAUGUAAACAGGAAGUGCCACUAUGUCUUGACUGAUGUCUACAUACGAUGAUUUAUUUGUCAAUAAAGAUUACCAAUACAAUUGGAUUGAAGGGUAAAUACAUAAUUGGUUGAACAAUUGGUUCAGAUUGCACUGUAUCUUUACCAAGAUGUUGGAUGUGUAGGGAAAGGUACUGUGUAUACAUACAACUAGAAGUGAUCAUCGCUAUGUGAGAUGUUGGAUGUGUGAGGAAAGGUACUGGGUAUACAUACAACUAGAAGUGAUCAUCGCUAUGUGAGAUGUUGGAUGUGUGAGGAAAGGUACUGGGUAUACAUACAACUAGAAGUGAUCAUCGCUAUGUGAGAUGUUGGAUGUGUGAGGAAAGGUACUAGGUAUACAUACAACUAGAAGUGAUCAUCGCUAUGUGAGAUGUUGGAUGUGUGAGGAAAGGUACUAGGUAUACAUACAACUAGAAGUGAUCAUCGCUAUGUGAGAUGUUGGAUGUGUGAGGAAAGGUACUGGGUAUACAUACAACUAGAAGUGAUCAUCGCUAUGUGAGAUGUUGGAUGUGUGAGGAAAGGUACUGGGUAUACAUACAACUAGAAGUGAUCAUCGCUAUGUGAGAUGUUGGAUGUGUGAGGAAAGGUACUAGGUAUACAUACAACUAGAAGUGAUCAUCGCUAUGUGAGAUGUUGGAUGUGUGAGGAAAGGUACUAAGUAUACAUACAACUAGAAGUGAUCAUCACUAUGUGAGAUGUUGGAUGUGUGAGGAAAGGUACUGGGUAUACAUACAACUAGAAGUGAUCAUCGCUAUGUGAGAUGUUGGAUGUGUGAGGAAAGGUACUGGGUAUACAUACAACUAGAAGUGAUCAUCGCUAUGUGAGAUGUUGGAUGUGUGAGGAAAGGUACUGGGUAUACAUACAACUAGAAGUGAUCAUCGCUAUGUGAGAUGUUGGAUGUGUGAGGAAAGGUACUAGGUAUACAUACAACUAGAAGUGAUCAUCGCUAUGUGAGAUGUUGGAUGUGUGAGGAAAGGUACUAGGUAUACAUACAACUAGAAGUGAUCAUCGCUAUGUGAGAUGUUGGAUGUGUGAGGAAAGGUACUGGGUAUACAUACAACUAGAAGUGAUCAUCGCUAUGUGAGAUGUUGGAUGUGUGAGGAAAGGUACUGGGUAUACAUACAACUAGAAGUGAUCAUCGCUAUGUGAGAUGUUGGAUGUGUGAGGAAAGGUACUGGGUAUACAUACAACUAGAAGUGAUCAUCGCUAUGUGAGAUGUUGGAUGUGUGAGGAAAGGUACUGGGUAUACAUACAACCAGAAGUGAUCAUCGCUAUGUGAGAUGUUGGAUGUGUGAGGAAAGGUACUAGGUAUACAUACAACUAGAAGUGAUCAUCGCUAUGUGAGAUGUUGGAUGUGUGAGGAAAGGUACUGGGUAUACAUACAACUAGAAGUGAUCAUCGCUAUGUGAGAUGUUGGAUGUGUGAGGAAAGGUACUAGGUAUACAUACAACUAGAAGUGAUCAUCGCUAUGUGAGAUGUUGGAUGUGUGAGGAAAGGUACUAGGUAUACAUACAACUGGAAGUGCUCAGAGACCUGCAUCACUUUGGGCUUUCCUCCCACAUUAAGCUGACUUGCCGUGAUAUAUUUGGAAUACUGUUCAAAGCUGUGUUAAACCCAACUCACUCACUCACUCACGAAAGGCAAGGUUUUUCUUGAUCUUCAAUGUUUUGAAUGUAAGAAACGAUAACCAUAUUUGAACUGUCAUAUGAUAUAGAUAAUAAAAUUGUAUUUUAGUU